UGUACUUGAUGCCCGUGAACGCAACGAAGUCGCAUGAAAGACUUCCUAACUUGGGAACCCCUAACAUCUGAGGAGCACGUGAAAGCAGGGAUGGUGCUUCGGCUUUAGGGUUGUAGAGUGAGAUUUGGCCUUUUGUUUCUGCCAGUCAUGUAGGUUUUAUUCACCGUAGCCUCUGUUUCUCAGCUUCAUUGAUUGGAUAAUUGGCAGCACCUGGAUGAGAGACACCUCUCGACACUGAAGACGCACGCGGCCACCUGCUGGGUUUUUAGCUCUUUGGACCGGCACCAUCUCUGAAAACAUACUAGAUUUUUAAAAUGCUCGAGGCAAAAUACUCACAUUUGCUUUUACUUGUUUUUGCGUUUUUGAUUGUGAGCUGCCAGAGUGCUGAAAAUGGCACAGAAGAAGCUAUCGAAAAUGAAGUAUUUAGCGAAGAAGGGAUAUUUAAUUACACCAUCAACUCCACCAAUAUGACUCAUUUCGCCUAUGGAAUUGCUGCAAAUGUGGUUGCUGUGCUGUUGUAUGGAAGCAACCUUGUUCCUGUCAAAAGAAUAGAGACAGGAGAUGGUAUGUUUUUCCAGUGGGUAACCUGUGCAGCAAUAUGGCUUGUAGCUAUGCUGGGAGACUUGAUGCUUCAGUCGCCCAAGUUCCAUCCUUUUGCUAUGCUAGGAGGUUUCAUCUGGGCUACAGGGAAUGUUCUAGUUGUUCCAAUUGUUAAAGCAGUUGGCCUCAGUCUCGGGGUUUUAAUAUGGGGAUCCUCAAGUUUGCUGAUGGGCUGGGCCAGUACAAGAUUUGGCUGGUUUGGGAUUAAUGCUCAGGAUGUCUCCAGGCCGAUACUGAAUUAUUGUGGUGCUGCGCUGUGUCUGCUCAGUGGCCUCAUCUUUUUCUUUGUGAAGUCAGAUGUCGAUCUGCAUUCCAACUCAGAAUCAAUUCCCUUACUUAUUGACAGAGAGGAUAAAUUCCUUCCACUCGGUCUCUCAAAAAGGCCUGUUUCUGGCAUCAAUGGAUCGACCUCUACACUGUUUUGGAUCGACAUCAUUGGAACAAAGACCAGGCGGUUCAUCGGCUGCAUGCUGGCAGCGAUAUCUGGUCUGCUGUACGGCUCCUCCUUCACACCCAUCCUCUACAUUAAGGCUAAUUCAGCUUGUACUGACUGCAUGUUCAAGGGAGCCAGUGCUUUUGAUCUGGACUAUGUCUACGCACAGUGCUCUGGUAUUUUUGUUGCAAGCACCGUGUACUUCACUAUCUACUGUGCUGCCAUGAAAAACAAGCCAAGGGUCUACUCCAGAGCCAUCCUGCCAGGUAUGCUGUCUGGAGUGAUGUGGGCAUUAGCAACAUACUGUUGGUUCCUGGCCAAUAACUACCUGAGUGCAGUUAUUACCUUCCCUAUUGUCACUGCAGGCUAUGGUCUGGUUGCAGCACUGUGGGGAUGUGUGGUGUUUAGAGAAAUAAAGGGUUUAUCCAACUGCUUCGUCUUCUUGUUGGCUUCUGUUGUCGUGCUGACCGGCUCCUUGCUGACUGCCAUCUCAAAACUGUAACACUACAAAAAAAAAAAUUCUACUGAUCAUCAUGUUUUCAUUGCCCGCAUUCCCCUGAUCUUCAGCUCAAUUUGGUAAAAAUGUUCUUGGUUUUAUGAAGUUGUUAGAACCCUGUUAAAUUUAACAAAGGGUGUUCUGGUUCAGACCUUGGUGCUUUUGUUAGAUUUGUGAUCUGCCUCUUCAAAGCAGCUGCUCAUAAUCUGAGCUGUCAUUUGGUCACAGUGUCUCCCAGGAAAGACACUCUCUGGUUUACUCUAAGGAGAUGAUUGCUGAUAAACUGUUGUUUGUUACUGUAAAGCUGUCACAUGUGCAAUGUUUGUGUUGUUGAGUAUGUUGAGUAUAAUUUAAAGUUUAAAAUAUAUAUUGUCACCUGCUUGGUUCAGUUACUGCUAAUGUUAACACAAUUUUAAUAUUUCACACAAGCUUGUCACUUCAGAGGGUCUGUUUACCGUAAUACCACACGUUUCUAUUUCACUUCUAUUUAUACUAACAGGGUGGUUUGUUUGUGUCCAAAUGUUCUCAAAUGAGUUGUCUAGUGUUUUUCACAUAUGCUGCUAUUAAAACAUCUUAUACUGACA